AUUGAAUAUAUAACUAAGGAAUCUGAUAUAUAUUUUAAACUAGAAUUUAUGUGUAGAUAAAUAUUAGAAAGGUGUGCACAAGGUUAUUCUUUAUGCUUAUUGAUGUCUAUUGUUAGAUGAACGCACUGUCUUCCAUCGCCAUUUAUAUUUUUACACUUGAUUAUAUAACUAGGAUGUACAUUAUUUAAUGUUAUCUAAAUGCGUUUAGCAAAUGCAUCCUUAGCAACGUUAACUAUUGCAACAAUUUAUUCCUUCAGUUACAUUGUGUCCUCCUUACGGUACAAUAUUACCUUUGUUGGCAGAUCAAAAUGCCAUUUAUCGCAUUCAAAUAUCGUAAAAUCAUGUGUUUUCCAUGGUUCUAUUAUUUGUACGCCACACCAUCUGUUUUCCAUUCAAUCUUCUGGUGUGGAUUCUAACGACACCAACAAUGAGGAAAAUGCUGAUUUCAUGAUAGAUUCGGCUACUAGUGCAACAGUUAAUGAUCAAUCUAAGGGGUCAAAAGAUGUAAAACAGGACUUAGAAUCUCAAUCGGAUGAAAUUCGUAAUUCUCUCUUGAACGACAAUUUUGACGAUGAGUUGAAGGAGCUUAUUUUGGAAACGUAUGACAAGCCUCCCAGUGCAAAUAAUAAGGUUGUCUCAUCUGAAUUAGAUUGGUUUGAUGAUGAUGGACCUAUAGAUUCAGAAGAUGAAAUAUUAAAUCUUGAAUACUGUGAUCAAAAGACGGUAGACGUGGAGUCCAUUUACGAGAAGAUGGACCCUAGCGGUCUUCGUAAAUAUUUACCUAAAUCCACAAACCGUAUAGAAAGGACAUUAGGCAAUGUUUAUGAAGUUAAUCAGCCAAUUGUAGAUGACGACGUUGUUGCUAAACAAUCUGAGAGUACUAUCCCGCUUCCUUCGCACAUAAAGGAGAAGCUUGCUAAUUCCCGUGCAUUCAAAGAUGCAAGAAAACUGGCUGAAGACGCAGACAUCAAAGUAAUGGCUCCUUCGGAUGAAAAUAAAUUUUUAACGGAGAUGGAUGAUGAGUUGUCAACAGAUGACUGUUCCGAUGAGGGACCUUCAGGAGAUGUCGAUGCAAAUUCAUCUGGUGGCAAUGUACAUUCAUCUACGGAGGAAAAUGACAAUGUAUUUAUUGAAGACGAUGCAAUUCGCUAUUUCAUGGACCUUCCUAUGCUUCGUUGGACCAAUUAUGACGUUGAAGCAUAUAACACUGCAGUAAAAAAGCUCUCCACAUAUCAUCGGCAUUAUCAGGAAUUACCCCGUCAACUAGGUACUGCAAGCCCAUAUGAUGUAUUCUCUGCUGAUCCAUGUAGUAGUGUUGGUGUUAACGAUGGUUCUUGUAGUAUGAGUCUUUCUGAGGAGUUAGAAGCUUUGGAGUCUGUUAAGGUAGAUGGAGUUGAUUUGAAUUUUGAGGAGUAUACACAUAGUGAUUUAUUGAACGAUAUAGAUGCAUACGAAGCUGAUGGGUACCCACCUGAGGUGUCCCAACUGGUAGAUAUGGAUGCAAACCUAUCAAUAUUUACUAUGAGCGAGUUUACACCGAAUUAUUCACAAGUCAAUGUAGUCGACCCACGAGUGUAUAUAUCCAUUCCUAAAUCUAAUGUUGAAGAAGGUGAAGUUGGUUUGACUGUAAUGGGCGAGCCUUGUUUUGUGAAUCGAGUUCGUGACCAGCGUCUGGGUCAGUUAAUAAAUAAGAUACCUCUAAAGGAUCAGCCUCAUAUGGGAACGAUUUUAAUUCCGAAUGAGUUUGGAUAUUUGGAUCAGAAUAUUCGUUACAUGGCAGAUGAGAUUGGCGUUGUUUCACGAUCGUUGAUGUUUGUUCCUGAUAUCUCUGAUGACGACCUCAUGUUUUCAUUGACGUUAAAUAGGCUGAUAAAGUUGAUGCAGACCGCGUUUAACAUAGAUCGCAUAUCAAUUAUUGCCUUAGGUAGUCAAGGGCGUCGUGUCAUCCAUUACGUUUAUACCGCAAUGAAAGAGACUGUAGAGCGUACGUUGAAUGACUUCCAAAUUACACAUCCCAAAUUGAAUCCUGAAAAAUACAAAAUUGUCAACAAUUUCAAUCGUUACAAUAACAUUGUAAGUCGUCAAAACACUCCGAUGUUUGGUGAUAUUUUUGAUGCAGUUCAAUAUAUGGAGCACAGCGAUAGCUUAAAGGCUGCUGAAAGGGAGCGUGAUUACAAUGUGAUCAAGCCUUUGUGCAACAUAUUACAGAGUAUAGUUUUAUGGGACAGCCUAGAGGUUAAUUUCAAAGAAGUGGUUGAGUUAGGUGUUCCCAUUUUGUUCAACAUGUCCAACCGUGUAAAGGUAUUUGGGGAUUUGCUUCGUUUAGACAAUCCCAAAUUCUUGUCUAAAAAGAAACGCUGCGAUUCAAAUGACAGUCAAGAUUUAAUAUAUAUGUUCGACUUCUUCAAGGGCAAAGUUCCCAGCGAACUGUCUGAUGUAAUCGGAGAACACGUUCGUAUGGCUUAUAAAGGUCACAAGAAUGAUGCUGAUGUUCCAGAUGUAUAUCAAUUCGUUACUAACCAUACCGGUAUUGAUAUUUGUAUGAAUGUAUUUAGGGAAGCUCCGGGUCAUUUUUACAUGAAGAAGCCGGAUGCUUCUCGUGGUGAAUUGAACGCACUAGGUAAUGCCAUUCUUUCAUCUGCCGAUUGGAUCAACAAUUGGUCAUUUUAA